AUGAUACUUACCGACCUGAACUGCCUGAUCUAUGGGAACGGACUCCUUCAGCAUCGUGACCCCGAAAUUAUUGAUUUCCCGUACUCCGGCUCAGGAACAGAAGAGGAUCCUUACGCAGUGACAUGGAUUCCCAACGGUCCUCGCAAUCCUAUGCUUUUCAACCAGGUUAAAAAAUGGACAUUUACAAUGCUGGUCGCUAUUGCCACCUUGGUUGUGACACUCGUCUCAUCAGCCUACACCGGAGGCAUCGAAGAGAUCGAGGAGCAGUUCCACAUCGGAAGCGAACUGGCAACGCUUGGUGUGUCAUUUUUCGUCCUGGGCUUCGCGAUUGGUCCGUUGCUCUGGGCUCCCUUAAGUGAAUUGUUCGGGCGUCAGAUUUUUUUCUCCGUGACCUACUGCGCCCUCACGGUUUUCAAUGCUGGUGCUGCCGGUGCACAGAAUAGCGGGACCCUUAUCGCCCUUCGUUUCUUCGCCGGUGCCUUUGGGUCGUCGCCUCUUACUAACGCCGGCGGCCUUAUCGCAGAUAUAUUUCCCUCUAAGCAAAGAGGUAUUGCCGUGAGUAUUUUCGCUGCAGCUCCUUUCCUUAGACCGGUUCUGGGCCCUAUUAUCGGUGGAUUUUUGGAGACCUAUGCUCCGGUGCUUCUUCGCCGUCGUGCAGACAAGCUUACUAAGAUCACGGGCAAUGUCUACAGGAGUAAGAUUGAGAUUGAUCAAGAUCGAGGGUGGAAUCAGGGUAUUGGUGGCCUAGCAUUCCUAGGUAUUGCGGUUGGUAUGUUAGUUGCCACGGUCUACUUUGUGUUCGAUAACAAGCGAUAUAUCCAGGUCGAGGAAGCACAUGAUAGUUUUGCGCCUCCUGAGGCCCGGCUGAGGCCCUGCCUCAUUGCUAGCGUGGCAAUCCUAAUCGGCCUGUUCUGUCUUGCGGCUGGUGUGCCCUUUGGCUUCGGAAUGGUCCUGGUGUUUUUAAGCAUUAUAAACUACUUGAUCGAUACCUACACUAUUUUCGCUGCAUCUGUUCUAGCUGCCAACUCUGUCCUACGUUCUCUCUUCGGUGCCGCAUUUCCCCUGUUCACUACCUAUAUAUACAAUAAGCUGGGUAUCCACUGGGCCUCUUAUGUCCCCGCAUUCCUAGCUCUCGCCUACGUGCCAUUCCCGUUUUUACUGUUCAAGUAUAGCCCCACCAUUCGCAAAGGCUGCAGAUUCGCAGCCCAAUCUGAUGCUUUCAUACGCAAGAUUCAAGAGCAAACCAAGGCGUCUUCCAAAAUUGAGGAAGAGAAGGAGCAAGAGAGAAUUUCGGUUGGACCAAGGCCCUAG